AUGACCGCCAUCACGAAACCCACAGUCCUCAUCACAGGCUGUAGUGAGGAGUCCCACGACGAUGUUGAGAUCCUACCGCUAGAUGUGACCAGUGCCUCGUCGAUUACGUCGUGCGUCGACGCGGUAGAGAAGAGAACGGGUGGCCGGCUCGACGUGCUCGUCAACAACGCCGGCGCCAUGUUUUCCAUGCCGCUGCUGGACACGGACAUCGACCAGAGCAAGAAGCUGUUCGAAGUCAAUGUUUGGGGCGUUUUGGCUCGUGUAUACAACACAUCGAAAGCUGCCACGCGCUGGCUCUCAGAGACGUUGCGGAUCGGGAUGAAAGGGCUGGGCGUGCGGGUGGUCACGGCGAUGAUCGGCGAGGUGAACACGAAGAUUUACGCCAACGGCCUCGCGGGUACAGGCGUCAUGCAGAGGGAAGCUGAGGAGCCCGACGUCACGGCCGAGAACCUUGUGCGCGACGUGCUGAGCGGACGGGACGGCCAUGUCUGGCACGGCGGCGUCGUCGCGGGACGUGCGAAGUACUUCCACUGGACGCUCCCCGAGCGCUUCUUCGAGUGGAUGUUGCUUGCAACAAGGGGGGUCUACCAGAUCAAGCCUCCGCAGCAACCUUAG